GCCGGGCCCCGAGCAGCCGUUGGGGUCCGGGCCGAGGCCCGCCCGUGUGGAAGCCGCCUCCGCCGCCGCGCCGCGGGUCGUCGCUCCGGCCGCCGCCAUGCUGGCGCUCAUCUCCCGCCUGCUGGACUGGUUCCGCUCGCUCUUCUGGAAGGAGGAGAUGGAGCUCACGCUCGUGGGGCUGCAGUACUCGGGCAAGACCACCUUCGUCAAUGUCAUCGCGUCGGGUCAGUUCAGUGAAGACAUGAUACCUACGGUGGGCUUCAACAUGAGGAAGGUCACGAAAGGUAACGUCACCAUAAAGAUCUGGGACAUAGGAGGACAGCCCCGCUUCCGGAGCAUGUGGGAACGAUACUGCAGGGGAGUCAACGCUAUUGUUUAUAUGAUAGAUGCUGCAGAUCGUGAGAAGAUAGAAGCCUCCCGAAAUGAGCUACACAAUCUUCUAGACAAACCACAGUUACAAGGAAUCCCAGUGCUAGUACUUGGAAACAAGAGAGAUCUUCCCAAUGCCUUGGAUGAGAAACAGCUAAUUGAAAAAAUGAAUCUGUCUGCUAUUCAGGAUAGAGAAAUCUGCUGCUAUUCAAUUUCUUGCAAAGAAAAGGAUAACAUAGAUAUCACACUUCAGUGGCUUAUUCAACAUUCAAAAUCGAGAAGAAGCUGAAGCACCUCCGGAAGUCUUCCGUCCUUCUUGGCUGUAGCCCUAGAUUACUGUCCUUCCUCUGACGUACUUCCCAGAACGUGGCCCUUCCUAAACCUGAGAGAUCGCCUUUUCCAGAGUUACGUUCUCAUGUGCACUGCAGAUGUGUCUCCCUAGCCCUCGUCCAGAAUCAGCUAGAGUUGUCGCGAUGAAGUCAGCACACCAAGGCUUCUUACACAUGCUUAAACAAUGUGUGGAGCUCUUUCUUUUCUUUUUUAAAACAAAACCAGACCCACACUUUUGACCAUCUUAAAUCAAGGAAAUUGCGUAUUUCUAUUCUGGCCUUUCUGGGCCAGAUUUUUAUAUUGGUUAUCAGUUAAUGACUGUAAUAUUUUACUAUAGAAUCUGGUAGCUUACCAGGAGCCUGACUUGGUACAGCAUGCGGCUUCUAGUGCCACACAGUGUUUAGGAAUCCUUCCAGCCUGACUCACGGGGACACAAACACGGUGCCUCGCUUCCCUCCUGAUGCAUGUGAAGGGCGUGACCACACCUUAGGAGCCGAGACACCGUCCGCAGAGCAGGCCGAGGCCGCAGGUCAGCGCUGCUGCUGCCGCUGCCUGAGGGGUUCUCACGACACUGUGCUUUCUGAGACCCCUCUGCUGUGGACGGGGCGGAGCUAGAGCAUGCUGAUUCGUAGCUGUCCCUGGUCUCACACACCUUCUAAAGGGGUUGGGAAUUGAAGAUUUUCUCAAAAGCUUUCAUGAAUUUAGAGCAUUCCAGCCAAUAUAAUAAAACCUGUUCGAACGCCAGACUUUGUUCCAACACCUGUUUGUUCUGUCUGCGGUCAUGCUGUCAUGGCCGCCGCAUGACGCUGGAACGUCUCACUUUGUAUAUCCGGGCGUGGCGUCGACUCAGCACAAACGACACUUACACGCAGGUUCUCAUUCUCUUACUGACGUGAGGUUUGGCACUCUGGUGUCUGAUGCCGUCAGACGUCUUGACUAUUGUGACAACUCUAGCCCUGCCUGCUUUACCUGUGUAAUCAUGCGUGGCGUCCACAGGUUGUUUAAGAAUUGCACAGAGAGCCAGGACCUGCGGCUGGCACCUGCUGGCUCUGUGGCACAGAGGUGGAUGGAAACUGGUUUGUAGUUGGUGGUCUUCACGUCCAUAAAGGGACUUCUGACACUGGUUCAUCUGUGCAGGGUUGUCACAGUAGACCGCUGUAGUAGGAAAGCCAGCAGGACACCUGCUUCCACGUUGCCUCGCACUGUGUGAUUUUGUUCCUUGUGUUAAACAGCACUUUGUAGACUGUGCGUCUCCUCAUGUGUUGAGCACUCAGUGUAGUCAACAGCAGGCUCUUUAAGGAAUCCAGUUUAAUCUAUAGACUGCCAUGGCCUUAAACACACUCUGUGAAAGUACCGCACCGUGUUGCACAAACACUACUUGUUUUUCUCCGUUCACAUUUUUAACGAGCAGAACUGGGGCUUUUCACGUUCUCCUUCUCAGAAGUGCACCUCCCCGAUGGGAGGACGGUCCUGUGUGUGACGGGGCGUCCAGAUGUGGCGCUGCAGCUGGGCACCACUGCACAGGGUACAGCAACGUGCUUGUGCCUGCAAGGAGGAGCCGGAGCUGGAAGGUGCGACUCUGUAGGGACUGCAUAGGUUUGUUAGUUGGCCUAGAGCUGAACCUUGAUGUGUUUGUGUCUGUUCACCGCUUUUAGUAUUUCAAGAUCUCUCAAGAAUACUACCAACCUUUUCCUGUGCAUAACCUCUGCAUGUGAAAACAGUUACCGAACUUUGUAAAUACGUACAUUUUUUAUUUAGGUGGAUGCGUUUUUUGUCUGAUCACUGCUCUUCUCAGCUUUAUUCAAUAAACUUGCAUUUUGAGGGUUGUAUUGGCAAUUUGAACUUAAAAUGUCCAUCCCAAUGGAAGGUGUGGAGAUGGAAGGAACAUUACGAGGAGGAGGGUACAGAGACUGCGCUAAAACGAAAUUGGCUCAGUCCUCAGAGAACUGGGUCUGUGAGCUGGCUAAAAUAGAAAUAAACUUUUACAAUAUC